CUCUUUGCCCUCACUAAGCUCCGCCCUUGCUUAUCCGAAGGAAGCCAACGAAUUUGACAGUCGCCAGUCCACUCCUCGUCCUCUAGAUCGCCGGUAUAUAAUCCCUCUUCCGGCUCCACCGUCGACUCCACCGCCCCUGCUCUGCUCUGCUCUGCUCUGCUCUGCCAUGGCUGCCGGGGGGGAGCUCGGAUUCCGGUGAGGAUGAGGCUUGCCGGCGGUGUGGGUUAGGGGGAGCAGCACGAGGGCAGCGAGAUCUACCCCGCGGUGCCUUCGAUUGGGGCUGGAGCGGCGGGGAAGGGUGUCGCCGGCGGAGCAGCAGGCGGCGGCGGGUGGGGCGGCGUUCCGGCCUCAGUCCGGCAGCGGCAGGGCUGGACGAGGGCGGGAGAGCGGGCCCCGCGCCGUAGCGCACCUCCUCUACAUCCCCUUGAUUUGGCGCGUGGAGGGCGACACGGAACCAUAGCGUUCGCCGCUACGGGCUUUUUUACGGUAAACCCGUACUGCAGAUGAAGAAGCGGACGGCUUACCGUAUCCAGUGCGCAUAGCCUGAUCCGCGGCUCAGUCGUUUGUCGUCUUCGCCUUCCGGAUCGCUCUUGCUCGUAGUUCCGUCCCUGCUUGAGCGAAUUUGUAGCGGGGGACUAGAGACGGCGGCCAUGGCGGGCCGAGGCUCCCUCCCGGAGGGCUCUCUCUUCCUCGGAUUCGACAGCUCCACUCAGUCACUGAAAGCUACUGUGCUCAACAAUGAGUUAACAAUAGUAGCUUCUGAAAUUGUUAAUUUUGACUCUGAAUUGCCGCACUACAAAACUGAAGGUGGGGUGUACAGAGAUUCCACUGACGAUGGCCACAUAUUUUCACCAACCAUUAUGUGGGUGGAAGCUUUGGAGCUGCUGCUUGAGAAGUUAAAACCCAAGAUAAACUUCAGUAAGGUUCUGGCCGUCUCAGGGAGUGGGCAGCAACAUGGCAGUGUUUACUGGAAGAAGGGCAGCAAGGCAGUUCUUUCCUCCCUAGAUUCCAGUAAGAGUUUGUUAUUGCAGCUCAAGGAUGCCUUUUCUACAAUGAACUCACCAAUAUGGAUGGACAGUAGCACAACUAAGCAAUGCAGAGAAAUAGAGAAUGCAGUCGGAGGUGCAUUGGAGUUAGCAAAACUGACAGGAUCUCGUGCAUAUGAGAGAUUCACUGGUCCCCAGAUACGAAAGAUCUAUCAAACAGAGCCCAAUGUUUAUGAAGAUACCGAGAGAAUAUCUUUGGUGAGCUCAUUCAUGGCAUCAAUCCUUGUUGGAAGCUAUGCAAGUAUUGACGAAACUGAUGGUGCUGGGAUGAACUUGAUGGAUAUAAACCAGAGAACCUGGUCAAAGACUGUUUUAGAGGCAACUGCUCCUGAACUUGAAGCAAAGCUUGGAACUCUAGCACCAGCAUAUUCAGCUGCUGGCCAGAUUGCUCCUUAUUUUGUAGAAAGGUUUCAGUUUGAUAAGAACUGUUUGGUCAUUCAGUGGUCUGGUGACAAUCCUAAUAGCCUUGCAGGUUUAACUCUGAAUACUCCUGGUGAUCUUGCCAUUAGCCUUGGUACUAGCGAUACAGUAUUUGGGAUAACAGCAGAAGCUAAACCAAGUCUUGAAGGGCAUGUUUUCCCCAACCCUGUUGAGCCUGAUGGUUACAUGGUGAUGCUAUGCUACAAAAAUGGCUCCUUGACCAGAGAACAUGUGCGAAAUGAGUUUGCAGAGAAAUCAUGGGAUGUUUUCAACGGCUAUCUAGAGAAAACGCCCCCUCUAAACGGUGGAAAGUUAGGAUUCUACUACAAAGACCAUGAAAUCCUGCCACCACUUCCAGUUGGUUUCCAUCGGUACAUUGUUGAGAACCUUGAUGAUGCCUCAUCUGACAAUCUUAUAGAGCGUGAAGUGGCAGAAUUCAAUCCACCAUCUGAGGUCCGUGCCAUCAUUGAAGGUCAAAUGCUGUCGAUGCGAGGCCAUGCUGAGAGAUUUGGCAUGCCGAACCCUCCCAAGCGGAUCAUAGCAACCGGUGGGGCAUCCUCCAACGAGAGCAUCCUCAAGUCUAUUGUGGAAAUCUUUGGCUGUCCUGUCUUCACAGUUCAGAGACCUGAUUCGGCCUCACUGGGUGCAGCGCUGAGAGCCGCCCAUGGGUGGCUGUGCAACACCAAAGGAAGCUUCGUCCCCAUCUCGUGCUUGUACGAGGGCAACCUGGAGAAGACUUCCCUUGGCUCGAAGCUUGCAGUCCCAGCCGGAGAGGAGGAAGAUAGGGAGCUACUAAAGAAGUACACCCUGCUGAUGAGUAAGAGGAUGGAGAUCGAGAGACGCCUGGUGGAGAAGAUUGGGCGGGCAUAGGAAAGUUGUGAAGCAUCGCUGCACCUGUCGGGGCACGAAGAAUUGUGAAUAAUAGUGACUAUCAUCUCUUAUUGCAACUCUGCAAGGAGAAGUGUUCUAAGCACUCUGUUUUUUACAACCUGGUUCAGCAAAGCAAAUUUGCCAAGAUUCGAACCAGUGCAUUGUUGGCAUUAUUUUAACUUUAAAAGAAAAACUUUCCAUUCCUUUAGCUACCAGUUGUAACAGCCCAUAGCCGCCGAUGAGAUCAAAUCAGGACGUGAGCAAGAUUACAAGGGAUAUAGAUGAUCUCGAUAACUUGAGGAGGAAGAUGUUCUUCCAUUUC